AACAGUUCCGCAGACUUCCGCUCCUUUAAUUGUUUUUGUAUGUAAUUGUAAACCAAUGCUUUUCCAUGUAUUCAUUAUCACUUGCCCGUUGAAGACUGCAGACUGGCAGUCGAAAGCUCGUUUCAAUAUUUUUUUAUAAACCAGAGAACGUCCAAACUAUUAAUAUGAAUAAUCCUGGUUACGCUUCUACCAUUUUUAAAUACUUGAAGUACAAAGUAAGAGUAAAAGUACUAUUGUCUAUAGUGUGUGUGGGGGGGUCCCUCCAAUAGAUUAACAUACAAAAGACACAAAAUAGCACACGCAUUAUAUGCGUGCACCAUAAUAUACAAUAUUUCACGGCACGGUCUACUUUCCAGUCCCCGUUGAAGAUAUGAGAAGUCCAUUAAAUAAAUAAUGCUUAUAAGUAAGCCACAAACGAGAGAUCUCAGACGCAUGUAGAGGUCCUAUUAUCUAUCCCAAAAUUAAAAUAAAUCAGGAACAAAUUACGUAAAAUUAAAUGACAAUGAAUUUGCAGUUAUCUCUUGUCCGGCAAUAAAUAUGGCCAAGAACUCAUCAAUUAUGUCAUCUAAUGUCAAACUGCCAUCUUUAUUCAAGAGGCUCAAUAAGUCAUCAGGAACGGCUUUAUCGUCAGCAUUGACCUUCAUCCGAGUGGUGGUAUAAUCAGAGGCAAAUUUCUUGAGAAAUCGUGCUGCAUUAAUUUGCUCUCUUUUUGAUAGCAUUCUGAAACAACGUGAACUGGAAUAUCCCCAGGAGGGUGGGAUCCUCAAUAGCGUGCAGGGUAUUGAUAUUAAUACUCAUAGCUUCCAAAGUGACUUUUGUAAAUUCCUGGACCAUACUAGUCAGCUUACCAGCAUCAACAACUCUAUCCAGGUGAGUCAAAUAUGUCACAAACAUUAUUAGAAUUAUCCAUGAAGUCUUUCAGACACUUACGGUGAAAAGCUGGGUUCAUAAGUUGCUGUCGUUUGCCAUGAUACUUCAUUUGUAUUCUAUACCAGUCCAUAACCAGCUCCCCUCCACCAUAAACAAAAUCAAAUUGAGGAUAGAAAAAUGAACUUUUAAACAGGCUGGCAUGAUUAUUUAUGUAAACAUGUCGCAAAUAGGUAGCGUCUCCCAGAAAUACAAUAGGCUUGUGAAUAAAAAGUAAUAUAAAUAUUGGCCCGUAUUCGAGUCGUUUUUCCAGUAGAAACUCGCUCGUCGUUCUACCAAUUUCAGCUUUGUAUUUCCACAUGUCUGGGAGAUGCCACAAAAAGAGAACACAGCCAAAACAUCCAAGCAAAAAUGUGGCGAGGAUGUAUGAAAUUAAACAUAGAACUGUGACAGCCAGGGCCUUUCAGAGGAGGGCAAUUUGCCCCGGGUCCCCAGUUUUAAGGGGCCCCAAAAUUUGCAAAAUUACCAAAAAAUAAUUUGGAACGUUUUUUGAUAUGAAGAAUGGUAUGAGAAAAAAAAUUCUAGACUUAAAUUAUACAGAUAUUGGUUUUCCCAAAAUUUUUGGGAAAAAUAGGAGAUGUUAAUAAUUUAUUUUUAGUCGAAAAUUUGAUCGCUUAGGCCACAUUGUUACCAUGGCACAUAAAUAGCAAAUCCCCAUUUCACAUAAAUAGCAAAUAUUUUUCGUCAUUGUGCAGAUCUUAUUUUUCGCUAACCACAAGUUCUUGUAUAGUACUUGUGCUGUGUCGAUUAAUUAAAACCAACCACUUCUCUCGAAUAGAAAGUUCAGCAGCAAUAAAUUCAACGAAUUAAAUUCGACGGAAAUUGAAUGCCGGACUAUAUAGUUCUCGACUGCACGCGGGCUAUAUCUCCUCCGCAGAGGUGUUCUUAGUUUGACAUGCGGGGCUAUAUACCCACGAAUUGUCAGGCAUGCGGGUAAUUUACUGAAUGCGCGCAGCUUCCCUUGUUUCACCAAUUACCCGUAAUGCCUUACAUUUUCAAGAUAUACAGCCCGCGUGUUAAACUAAAAUUAAAGCCUCAGUGAAGGAGUGUAGGACUAUAGUGAGGUAUAUGUCUUUAAUUUUCCCCCACAGAGAGAUAAAGACGUGGAAAAAGUUAUGCAGAGGACCAAACUAAAGAAAACAAAGCGCGGAUGCAAGAAGAGUUCAUUCGUACAGCUUCUAGUAAGAUCGCAGAUCGCGAGGCAAAUGAGAGACGCGCUCGACGUAUAAAGGAGGAUAAAAAACGAGAUGAGGACGUCGAGCGACAAGAGAGAGAGACUGUCGAGUUGUUGUUGAAUGCCCAGAAACAGUUAUUGGAUACUUCCUGUGGCCAUCUGCAGGUGGGUGAUGUUCCGAUCUCGUUCCCAGGCUCUUCCCUCUUGAGGAGUUGGUUGGCCGAUCCCGAGUAAUUAUUUUACAAUACUGCCAAACAUUUUUUUAGGGCUCACUGCCGCUCACAUUGAUACCAGUUCUAUUAAACUGACGAGACUACCCUGGUGAAAUAAACUUGAUUUGCCAUGAUUUGAUUUUGAUUUGAUUACUUACAAAUCCCGUGGUGACACUUUCCAGAACUGAGACAUAAUACAAAUGUGACGCUAAAUUCUCAAAAUUCUCACCAUCAGAAUUCUGUCAAAUGUUCCCCCCAAAUCCAGGAAAUGGCCUUUCAGAGACUCUAAAUUUAAAAAUUUCCUCGCUUUCAGCCCCCCAAUCAAAAAGAGCUUCCUACGGCACUGCUAUCCAUAACAUUUUCACUUCAGUUUUGUUGAUUUUAUAUGCAUAAUAUAGCUGCUAUUAAGGGGCUUUCCCGAAGAUAUUUCAAAAUAAUGUUCAUUUUAUAAAUAUUAGGCUGUUAACAAUAUGGAAAAUUUAGACCAGGAAUCAAAGUCACAGUCCCAGCCAGAAAUUUUCAUAUUUUCUGAACCCCGCUUUCCCACUGGGCGAAAUUGCUUCGAGGAAGGGAAGUUCACCGCGUCCUACUUUUUCACGGCAAUUUUUUUUCGCUAACCAAUCGUACACCACCGGCUUUACAUCUUCAAAAAGUAGUACAAAAACCUUGAAUUCCUUACUUUCUUGAGACGCUCAGAAUAUUUUAUAUUACUAACGGCAAUUGUUUUUAAUAAGAAUAAUGUCGAAUGUUUGUCCCACAAUUACUGGAAUAAACCCCAACAGAAUUUAGAAUUUAGAAAAUAUCAUAUUGUACCCCCCCCCCUCGCCAAUUCAGGACACUUUUGGAGAGCCCCCCUUGUUAACAUUCCAGGACUACACCACUGACACGCACUUGUAAUGAUUACCACGUUACCUUCUCGCUCUUCUCUGACAAUUAACUUUCUACGCUUCUCGAGGAAAGAGCCUGGAUACGAGGUUGAUACUUUCGUUGUUUUUCUCUAGAAUGAAAAUCUGAAACGAAAUGCAAAGCUGGUUCAGUUUCUCAAAGCACGACAAAAUGUUCUCGGUGACAUACGGAAUCACGGUAGUGCUGGAUGUUCUACAGCGGAUGAAAGUAGGAGAAAGUAUGAGUCCCUUCUAUUUUCAUACUGACUGGCCUAUCUUAUCUUUAAUGGAUUUUCCUGCACACACAUGCACGCACAUUCGGCUCGUGUUCAUAUAAUAGCACGUGUUGUAAUAUGUUAUUGCAGGAUGGCAUACACUUGUACCAUCCAUGCGGUCCAACAUUCCUUAGACCCACCCGUCUAAUCAUGUUUCAUUAUAGCAAAAGUUGUUUCGGCGUUGUUUACAGCAUUAAACUAGGAAGAGGGCUGACAAUGUUUGUUUUGUCAAUGUGCAUUAACUUUGCAAUAUUGGCUGGAACGGACUAGUCAAGGGUUAUGUCCAAGAUCAGAGGAGGAAUGAGGGUCUUCCCACAAUGCAUUGCGUCUAAUUAUUAUUCACAAUUAUAAUUUUCAACGAACGUUUGGCAAAAAGUUGUUGAAAUACAUUGCGAUUUUGGCUCCGUUUAUCUUGUUUUUUCGAAGGUAUGUUUUUAUAUUUGUAUUAUUUAAGACCCUAAUUAAACUGUUUUUGACUUGUUUGGUACAGGAAUUGCUUUUUAGUUAUGCUAAUUACGUAUUGUAAUUAUGCUUGAUUCGGGUCAGUGCACACGCCAAUAAAAUGACCUUGAUAUAAUGCAGAAGCAAACUCACUUUUUUUUGAGGAAAAUAAAAACAAAACACGUCAUCGAAUUCGGGAAGAUUUUUUCUUUCUACUGUUACUUUAAAACAUGAGUUUGCUCCACUAAACCGACAAGAAAUCGCGGUUUGAAAAUGGGGUACUUUCGCUAUAUUCUAUCGCCGAUGGCGGGAAUAGACUCCCUGAUAAAUAAUCAUGGCGCGAAGGAAAUUAUUGUACUAAUCACUAUUUUUCAUGAUAAUUUUGAAAUAUACGCAUUUUUGUUCGUACAUAUUUUAAGUUUAAUGCAAUUUUUAAGGUUAGGUAUGCUUAUGUUUACCUGCCCUGACUGUAUUUUUUUCAUUUUAUUAUAUAAUUCGGCUAUUUUGGAGUAAAAGUAUAUAUUUUAAACGGGUAUAUACUUAUGGUGAUACCCCAGGGAAACCUAAUAAUAAAAGACACAGAAUUUCUCGUUUGAAAAUUCAACAUCAAGGUUUUUACAAACAUAAAAUACAGUAUGACCAGUUUGACCAUACUAAAACAUUGUAAAGUUGUCAUAUUAACAGUAUUAAAACAUUGUAUUUUAAUGCUUUUUUUGCCUGGGAGAAUUUCUGUCCAUAGGCAUAUUACGAGGCGGGGGGUUGCAACCCCUCCAGUCAGUGUUUAGUUGGGCAGAAUUCUUCUUUAAAAAAUUAUUGGGCAAUUGUUUUAAAAUUGACUUUAAACAGUAUAUAGACUGGAGAUGUAUUCCUUCUAUUUUAAAUGACAAUGUUGGGCAAUUUCUAUCCACCUGUAUGCCAUAUUAUUUUUCAAUGCUGGGAGUGGCAUUCCAGAAAACCUAUAGUACACACAUUUCCUGGAGAAGCAUGCCCACAAUCCUGGUAAACAUCCAUAAGUUUCUUUGUUGCCAUCUAAUUGUGCUGGCACUGAGAUUGCCCCUCUCACUUUUGCUGUUUGCUUUGUAGUUUCCUAUCAGAAAGAUUAAACCGACUCCAAAGAAAUCCCCAGUACAACUUCAUAAAUGGACAUUUGAGGAAGAUAAAGCAUUCAUUGAAUUGAUAUCUGUUGCAGAAAAUCAUGCAAAUGAUUACGAUUGAAGAGGUUUACCAAUUAUGUAAUACCUCUAGUUGUUUUAAUACAUCAUUAAGCUAGAGCAAAAGCAUCACCUUUCAUAUACGUUAUCAUAUGGCAUCCGUGUUUCUGGUGAAAUGAAUGUGUGCAACAUUUUAAAAUUGUACGCAUAAGAUUUUAUUGUUAAAAACCUUUUAAUUAUCUUUAUUAAGUACAGUAAUAUUAUGUUAAUAUUUUUUUCGAUUUUAAAAUAAAUAAAUUUUAUCAACAUCAUUUAUGUAGUGUGUGCAGAUCUUUUUAUUAAUUUGUGAUGAGCAAGGGAAGACUAUACACUGAAAAUCGUGAAAACCAUACAUACCAUAAACCUCCGAAUAUAAUCCCCCCCCCAUGUACAAGCCCCCCCUUGUGUAAGCCCAUCAAAAAUCGCUUACGAAAGAAUAUAAGCCCAUUACGGUAGAUUGUCAAAAAAACUGCAGAACUGUAAGAUGGUGUCCAUGCAUGGGAUAUACUUAUGGUAUAAUCAAGUGAUAUAUAUAUAUAUAUAUAUAUAUAUAUAUAUAUAUAUAUAUAUAUAUAUAUAUAUAUAUAUAUAUAUAUAUAUAUAUAUAUACCGCCUGAUGAUUCUUUACUGAUGAAACAGACUGUUGCGGAAUUUUGAGGUAAGCGAAAUUCUACAUUUGCUCUAUCUUUGUGAUAUUGAGCACUCUUUGCGUUUCGUAUACACAAACCUACUCGUAUAUAUAUAUAUAUAUAUAUAUAUAUAUAUAUAUAUAUAUAUAUAUAUAUAUAUAUAUAUAUAUAUAUAUAUAUAUAUAUAUAUAUAUAUAUAUAUAUAUAUGGUAUAAUAGUGACGAAAACACACGCAGUACAGGAAAACAGGGGUAGGGCCAAGACUGUACCACUACAAGUUCCCCAACUCUAUCCUUACAAAUAAAAGAAAUGUCAGUAUUACACCAGACACCAAUAAACAAUUUUGCAGCUUCUGCUAAACAUUUUCUUUCAAUGUUUUUUAACCCAUUGAGUAUUGAGUGUCAGCACUCUCCCCCUGAUGAGUAAAUAGUCUAGUGUUAGACAGUAAAAUAAUCUGGCAUUAGGCAGAGUAAAAUAAUAGACAACUGGUUGAUCAUUUGAGCAUAGAUAACUGGUUGACCAGUAUAAAUCCUUGCAAUGCAUCACACAUUGCGAUAGUGUUGAAUUUACUCCAUUUCAUUCUCUACAACAAUGCUACCACUGGGCGCUUCUUCCAUCAUUCAGUGUGUAUGAAUGUCUGUCAGGGCAAACAGGAUUUAUUGGUAAAUUAAAACAGUUACAAUCAGUUGGCUGAUGUAAUUCUAUUGGUGGAAGUACACUAUCCAGCUCAUCAUCUCGACUAUCUGGGUCACAUGGUGGGAUUGCUUGGGAUGUUGGUGAUGUUGAAAUGUCAAACUCCCAACAACAUAACAUUGUUAUAUUCUUUGUUUAUACCUCCUUCCCGUAGAUCAUUAGGGUCGAAGAACUACAUGAUAUGAAAUAAAAAUACGUUUAAUACUGCUGUAUUUAUACAACAUAGGAGCAUUUUUAUAUUUCUAUUUUUAUAUAAAAAUCAUCUCACCUUAAAAACACAACUAGAGUGAAUUUGUACCAGUGCAGGACUACCGCAAUCAGCGAACAAUUUCAUCAAUUUUUAUCCCGUUAACCACAGCUGGACAAAAGACUAUUCUUAGAACUAUCCGUAAAACUAUAAACAUGAACCUCACGACAUUCAAGUUCAUCACACGGUAAUUCUUCCGGAAUCAAGAUUAAAGGCUGUUUUGACACACAGUGAACACACAGAAGCUCGUGUCCACCCAAAAAGGUAGCUUUCUUUCCAUGCGUAGUGCAAAAAUCAACCAUUUUACAAUUUAUUUUCGAUAAAUCUUUUCUGAACUCUUAAAACCUCGAGGUGUAAACACAGCGAAAGCCGACCGAACAAUGACGGCGCACGGGCGCAGAGCGAGAAAUCGAUAAUAUCAGGGCGCUAUAAAACACGGGCGGGGAAACGCGCUAAUAAAUGACCGUGCUACGUGUGAUGCUCAUUAGGAUUGGCGCGAGCGCGCUUUCUCUAAAAAAAUCAGAAAAUCGCGUACAAGAUGGCAACAAAAAAAUGUAAACAAGCAAACGAUAAAACAAAGGAUUUAAAUGCUAAGUAAUUAUGUUUCGUUCAUUAAAAUUUGAAAUAUUAUUUAAUAAGUUAUAUCACGUGUAAUAGCUUGUGUUGUUUGUUACUGAACACUCGGUGAAUGAAAAUAUCAGGGCAAAAAUUUUACUCGAGCGAUGAAAAUAUUCGCAAAAUUCAAAGCGCGGACGUGUUUAAAAUAGUGUUUUCUCCUCGUUGAGAUAGGUUGAGAUAAAUUUGAACACACCAAACUAUAGACAUUUAACUUGGCUUUAUGUCUCAAGUAAAAUUGAACGGUGCUUUUUUGUGCUUUUUUCAGAAAAAGGAGAUAUCUUGCAGCCCUUAUAGUUUUCCGUAUACUCCACACGACAAUAGAGACAACUCAUUUAUGCAGAUAAUACGAUGUUUAAACAACACAAAUUUUCAAUUAUUAAUUAAACGAAAUCACUUCCUGCCUCAAAUACAUACUAUAAAUGUUUAUUGAAGUAUCUAGUAUCAGCUUAUAUUGCUAAAAUUGGUAUCUAUUUCACUUGCAAAAUGAACAAAGCGAUUGUUGAGGAAAAGACAUGCAUUUUGAACUCGAUUUUGACGACAUUUUUUCUUUCUUGUCAAAGCGCGGACGUAUUUAAAAUAGUGUUUUCUCCUCGUUGAGAUAGGUUGAGAUAAACUUGAAAACAUCAAAUUAUAGACAUUUAACUUGGCUUUAUGUCUCACGUAAAAUUGAACGGUGCUUUUUUGUGCUUUUUUCAUAAAAUGGAGAUAUUUUGAAGCCUUUAUAGUUUUCCGCAACACUGUCACUGCAAUAUCAACGACUACAAUCGUACGAAAAAAGAUUCACGCUGAAUAUUUUUGGAGUGUCGGCGGCAGUUAUACUCCAAUAAUAGAAAUAAUAGAAAUCAAAUCAAUUAGUAAAAACACUUUAUAAUGAACUUUCAGUGGAUUUCCAAGCAGGCCGGCUGAUUAACACAAAAAACGGUUAUAUAUUUAAGUUUUCAAAUUGUCGAACAAAAUGAAAUUGUAGGGUUUUUUUUUCAAAUUCUCUGACCUGUUUUAAAUGCAUGCACUGUCAAUUUUGGGCUAUAUAUGUUUAUUGAAAAAGAGUAGCCAAGCAAUAUCAGAAUAUUCUUACUGCGAAAAUGUUUGUCCUACCUUCGCAUUAUGAAGUAAAAUAUCCCAUUUCAUACCAAAAUUUUCGUAUUUGGAAUAUGCCCACAUUCGAUCAGCUCGAUUCCUUUUCAAAUUUUUAUUUCGCUCAUGAUGAAUCUUUCCUUCAUGAUGAAUCUUUCCUUCAUCAGAUAUACAGAAAAUGAAUCCAACAAUGUCUUCAAACCAUCAAGUUGUUUAGGAAUGUGCAGAAAACAUUUUUUACUUUAGUUUUUUCAGCUCUUUUUGCAUAAACAUUCCAAUUCCAUUUUUAUUGGCAUAUAAAUUAAUGUAUACGGGGGGUACGCGCAUCACACAAAGAUCAGGGGCGCUAUCUCCGUUUCACCGCCCGUGUUUUAUAGCGCCCUGAUAAUAUGUAAAAAACCGCGCCUGACCGCGUUGCAUGCCGGUAUAGUCCUCACUCCUCCUCUGGUCCAAGAUUGUAGCUACCUAGUCCCUAUACUUAACUACGGUUUUGAAUACCUUAAUUAGCCUUGGAAAGGUCAUAUGUAAAUAAUGUAAGUACAGCAAGAGUUCCACAUACUUGGCUGAGAUACCAAACUUCGGUACAUAAGCAGAUUCAUCGCACGCUAAUGGCCAUUUGCAUUAUAGACUAAAUUUUGAUUUAGACAAAAAUUUUAUCACAGCUUGAAAGAGCAUCACAAAAUUAGUAAUAUUCCAAAGUUUCGUUGCGAAAUGUUGUAAAAUGCGGAUAAUAUAGCCUUGCGAAGUUUGCCGUUUUUCAGUCAUUUUGUAUUACGCACGGGAAAUUGACGGCAUGUAGUAAAACACUGACUACCGGAACACCACCGGAACACCACCUAACCCUAACCCUAACCCCAACCCUAACCCCCAACCCUAACCCCAAACCCUAACCCUAACCCUAACCCCAAACAAAAUGGUGGUGUUCCGGUGUUCCGGUAGUGUUCCGGUGUUCCGGUAGUCAGUGUUUUACUACAUGCCGAAAUUGACAGCCCAAUCGGGUGUUGCUGUUGAGGCAUCAAUUUCCCGUUUGUAAUACAAAAUGACUGAAAAUUGCAAAUUUCGCAAGGUGAUGCUCUUUCAAGCUGUCUAGACUUGUUUAGAUCAAAAUUUAGUCUAUAAUGCAAAUGAACCUGAAAAUAAACUUUAGUAGCUUUACUUCAUCAUGUAAAGUUCUUCACAGUUCUUACUUCGUUAGGAUAUUGUAAACUAUGGAACUAUUUAUGUAAAUCUGUUCCUUCCAACUGCUGCGACCAUAGAUAUAUAAGAUAUCUAUGGCUGCGACACUCCCCACCUUAAAUCAUACCUACAUAUAAGACUUACCUCCACCUAACUGCUAAUGUAUCAUUCCUAGUGACUUACCUAGUAGCUCACACUCAUCAGUUCAUCACGACUAACUAAUAUCUUCCAGGUCAUUCUAUACCAUUUCUCUCUUCUGUGCUUCUAGUUUUUUAUUCACCUUCCAUUUUUCUAUUCUAUAUUUUUCGAAUUCUUGCUCUUCUACUGAGUGUCUCCCGAAAAACUGGACACUGUAAUUUGAUUUCAUGUAACGUAAAAGCUGUAAAAGCUAUCGCAAUGAAAUCAAGAUCAUUGCAUUCAGAAAGGACUAAUAUAAGUAGGGUAAUUAUAUAAGGUUGUUUUUUGCUAAUUUUUGGCAUUUUCAAAAACAGUAGUUCAACGUUCAAACAUCAAUAGACAAUAGCACAGUCAAUACUGGAUGUCAAUUCAAGUGCUCAUAGGCCUAUAUCAGAAUCUAAGUAAAUUAUAGUCCUUUCUGAAUGCAAUGAUCUUUAUUUCAUUGCGAUAGCUUUUAUAGCUUUUACGUUACAUGAUAUCAAACAGUGUCCGGUUGUUUUUUCUCCAAAUUAAAAAUUAAAAAUAAAAUCAAUUUAACAAUGAUACCCUCUUUAUAUAGAUCUGUAGACUUGGGUGAGUUUAACCGCGCAGAGAAAGGCCGAAAACUCUCCAUGGUCGGUGAUCUUACUGAAUUUCAGCGACAAGAGAAAGGUCGCAAACUAUCUAUUAUUAGAUAGAUAGAUAGAUAGAUAGAUAGAUAGAUUGUUUGUUUAAUAAGAUUAACACAUAGCAGCCAAGAGGCUGAAUUGCGUGCUAAAUUUUACAAGAAAAAUGAUUAAAUUAGUUAUUCUAUAUUUACAGAAGUUUAAAGUUACAUUACAAAUUAGCUAUGAAACUAGUAAAUUUCUAAAAAAAUGUUAGCUAGUCUAAAACUGAAUAUCAGAAUCGAUUGUUAGUUAAUAUUAUUGAUAUGCCUUGCAGAUGAAGGGAAAAAACUGUUUCUAAAUCUGUUCGUUUUGGUCUGAGGAACAACAAAAGACCUUGAGUGUCUAAGGUCGUAAUUUGGAAAGUAUCUAGAUGGUACAUGAUUAUGCAUAUUAGCUACUGGUGUUGUG